AUGAAUCACCAACGGACAAAAGGGUGCUCUAUCGUCGAAAGCGUUGAGCAUUCCUUUGAGCCUCAAUUAUCUGCACAGGCCUUCAUGUGCGACAAUGAGCGCUCGGCAGAGGCUUCGGAGGCGGUCGCCCUCGACGCCCACCGCGACGCCCGACAGAUGGUCCGCCUGGUCCAGUGCCCGCGAUGCUCGAAACCUCUGAGUGUCCCCGUCACACUGCCCUGCGGCCACACCGUCUGUCGCGGCUGCCUGCCUGCCCCGCAACCUCGCACCAACAUAUCCUACCCGAACACGCCGGAUCGCCUCAUGGGCAUCGCGUGUCCGCUAAUGGGCUGCGGGGCCGAACACGCUUCUGCUGAGUGCUCUGUCGACGUGACGUUGACCAAGUUGAUGGACUUGAUAAAAGCCGAGAUAGUCGCGCAUAGACCAUCUGCGGAAAAUACUCCGAUGCUUCUGAUCGAGAUACCCCAGCAUGAAGAUUCACCCAUGGACGAGAAAGAGAAGGAAAAGCCUAGUCACCCUGGGCACCAGGAGGAACUGCAUGGCGGACGUCUCGUGUCUACGUUCACCAUGGCUGAGAUCGGCAAACUUCGGUACACUUCCGAAGUCCACUACCAGUCGUUAUCGGCAAGCGGGGACAACUACGACCAUCUUGACAUCACGCUGCUGGAACGCUUGCGCGACGUAACCCACAAGGAGUUAGACUGUCUUGUCUGUUACAACUUGAUGCUCGACCCGACUACGACUUCGUGCGGUCAUACAUUCUGCCGCCGCUGCCUCGGUCGUGUCAUGGACCACAGUAGCAUUUGCCCCUUCUGUCGCAGAGGACUGCAUGUGCCUGCGUCCUUGCAGAAUCAAUCUAGCAACGUCAUACUCAACUCCUUGUUGAAUGGGCUUUGUCCAGAUAUGGUCAGUGCUCGUGCCGAUGCUCUAAAAGCGGAAGAACAGGCCGGGGACAACGUCUUGAACGUUCCGCUCUUCAUUUGCACUCUGUCAUUACCUGCAAUGCCGACUUUCCUUCAUGUGUUUGAGCCCCGCUAUCGGCUCAUGAUGCGACGUGUCAUUGAAGGCAGCAGACAAUUCGGCAUGGUCAUGUACAAUCGCACUCACGCCCCACAAGGCGAUCUUGGUCCGACCCCGUUUCUGGAAUACGGAACGCUACUCGAGAUCGUCAACUACGAGCUACUCCGUGAUGGGCGUAGCUUUAUCGAGACACGUGGUAUCGGUCGUUUCAAGGUGAGGGCUCAUGGCUUGCUUGAUGGGUACAACGUCAGCCGCAUCGAGCGCGUUGAAGAUGUCUCUCUUGCCGAAGAAGCCAUAUUAGAGCAGCGCGAAACCACCAUGGCACGGGACUAUGCGGAAGCAUUUUUCCGCGACCACCCGCAGAACCAGCUCCCUGCGGAAGUCGCGAUUGAGACCCUUUCUACGCAACAACUACUCGACAGUUGCACAGCGUUUGUGCGGGAAAUGAGAGAGGCUAGCGCGCCUUGGCUUCGUGAGCGCAUCAUCCAAGUCUACGGUGAACCACCUGAGGACCCCGCGAUAUUUCCAUAUUGGUUUGCCUCUGUCGUCCCAAUCGUGGAAGAAGAGAAAUAUGUUUUAUUACAAACAGAAAGGGUUCGCGAGCGUCUGAAGAUUGUUUACUCGUGGAUUGGCAGGAUCCGCGGGCAAAGAUGGUCUUCGGGCAGCGCAUGCAGUAUCCUAUGA